ACAAAGGGUGUGUUUAACACCGCGGUGCAGGUAAUUUAUAAGAGCGCAAGGUUUAAGCUCGCCGUUCGACACUUUGAGAUUACGCUUUCACUUUGCAGCUUUUGACUCUCAAGGAAACAUCAAGCUCUUCAAGAUGAAGCUGUGGUUCGUUGCUGCCAUACUUAUCUCCGCUGCGCUUCCAGCUGUGUUGAGUUUGAAGUGCUACACCUGCACCAGUUCCGAGUCAUGGGAUAAAUGUAAAGGAGAAAGCACGACCUGCGUGGCUCCGCUUGCUGAUAAAUGUGUUAAGGUUUAUCUUAAAGUUGGGUCAGCCGAAACGUUCGCCAAAUCGUGCGGAUCCGAUGCUUCCUGCAAUAAGGAAACCAAUGCUUUCUGUAAAGGCGCCAGUGGAUCGUUUGAGUGUGACAUCAAUUGCUGCACAGGUGACGACUGCAAUGCUGGCUCAGCAACCCAUAUCAGUGGUAUUCUGUUAAUGUCAUGCGCCUUGGCCUCUCUGAUGAUCUUUUUCAAAGCCUGAAACUUGACCGAGGUUGAGUUCAAGCACAGCUCACGAUCAAGGCUGCAACUAUCAUACGCUUUUUACAAUGAUGUUGGUAGUGAAUUUGAAUAGGACUUUUUACAUAGGACGUAGUAGUAGUCAAUAGGAUGAUUCUCGUUAAAAAAGGGAUGAAGUAAAUACGAUUUAUUGCUACAAGUAAGGGUGCUAGUCCAUCUUAGUCUGUCACGUUUUGUGCUGAUUAGUUACAGAAAAAAAUAGGCAAUUUUUUUUAUUUUGUUAAAUGACGCAGCUUUGGAAAAAUAAAACGUUGUUUCUAACGGCCUCUUC